GGGCCGCAGCGGAGCAGAGCAACGGGCAGCGGCGGCACCAUGAUGGCGCAACGGGCUCUUCCGAACCCCUACGCGGACUACGAUAAGUCCUUGGCUACCGGCUACUUCGAUGCUGCCGGGAGGCUGACCCCCGAAUUCACUCAGCAUCUGAAUAACAAAAUCAGGGAGCUGCUGCAGCACAUGGAGAGGGGCCUCAAGUCUGCAGACCCCCAGGACUGCACCACAUACACGGGCUGGGCAGGCAUUGCCUUGCUGUAUUUGCACCUGUAUGAUGUGUAUGGAGACCCAGCCUACCUUCAGGUGGCCCAUGAGUACGUGAAGAAGAGUCUGAGCUGUCUGACAAGACGAUCCAUCACUUUCUUGUGUGGAGAUGCUGGGCCCCUGGCAGUGGCAGCUGUCGUCUACCACAAACUGCAGAACCAGAAGCAGGCAGAAGACUGCAUCACCCGUUUGCUCCAUCUACACAAGCUUGACCCACGAGUGCCCGACGAGCUGCUGUACGGGCGCAUGGGCUAUCUCUAUGCCCUGAUAUUUGUCAACAAGCACUUCGGAGAGGAAAAAAUCCCUCAAAGUCACAUUCAGCAGGUCUGUGAAGCAGUUGUAGCCUCAGGAGAGAGCUUGGCCAAAAGGAGGAACUUUACAGCAAAGAGCCCACUGAUGUAUGAGUGGUACCAGGAGUACUAUGUAGGGGCAGCCCAUGGUUUGGCUGGGAUUUACUACUAUCUCAUGCAGCCUGGUCUUGGAGUGAGCCAAGUGAAACUGCACAACACAGUCAAACCCAGCGUAGACUACGUCUGCCAGCUUAAGUUCCCAUCUGGCAAUUACCCUCCGUGCAUUGGUGACACCAGAGACCUGCUCGUCCACUGGUGCCAUGGGGCACCAGGUGUUAUCUACAUGCUUGUCCAGGCCUACAAGGUCUUUGGGGAACAGCAGUACCUAAAUGAUGCUCUGCAGUGUGCAGAAGUGAUAUGGCAGCAUGGGUUACUGAAGAAAGGCUACGGGCUGUGCCACGGGACGGCUGGCAAUGCCUACGGCUUCCUAGCACUGUACAGCCUCACUCAGAACAUGAAAUACCUGUACAGAGCCUGCAAAUUUGCAGAGUGGUGUUUAAGUUAUGGCCAGCAUGGAUGCCGGACUCCAGACACACCAUUCUCUCUCUUUGAAGGAAUGGCUGGAACAAUUUACUUUCUUGCUGACCUGCUGGUGCCAACCAGGGCCAAGUUUCCAGCGUUUGAACUCUAAGUCUGAGCUUGGCGGUUUCCUGCCUGAAACCUUCAGCACCUGGAAAAGCUGCCGCCUUCCUCCAAACUCUCAUUGUUCACCUAACUGAAGGCAAAUGCAUCCUCCUGAGGCCAUGCUGAGUUCUAUAACGUUUUUAGACCUCUCAUUGCAUUGUUUCCGUUUAAAAGACAGAACGCGGAUUUUUGCAGGUGUCUCUUAAAAACACAGGGCUGCAGGUGGGAGCAGGGAGAAAAUGUACAGUAUUUUGUUGGCUGCAGAAUUUUGCUAUUUUCUGUAUUCCAUCUCCUGGGAAAAGGUUUUCUAUUGAAUGUAACUUUGGCCAUUUAAUUUAUUUAUUUUUUGUGCUGACACAUAGUAGAAGAAAUUUGUUUCUUCUGGAAAAUGGAAGGUGUAAAACUGAGACUAUUUUCCUGCAAUUUGCUUUUAGGUGUUUUCUUUCUGAGCACCCAGGGAGUAGGCAGUUCAGUAACUGGGCUGCUCCACAUAAAGCAAAAGUGAUGGACUAUGUCAGAUUGCAAGUGGCACAUCUGGAACUGACAUGGCAAAGCCUUGUCCUGAAUUUCCAUCUGUCUGCUUUAAAGGCAAAGGCUAUGUAUAGCUCUUUUGUGUAUUUUUUUCCCAGUGACAGACGUAUUCCACUAGCUUUUGUGCUUAUUUGCCAUCUUACGCUAAAGUUUGCAGAAGUCCGUUGAUCAUCUAAUGGAACGCUCCGGUCUGAAAGUGAGCUAGGCAUGCUUGCUGGUGUGGCCUCUUCUGUUUAGCUUUGAAAGUUUAUUUUGCAGCUUUUAUUUAAAAUCGUGUAUAAUUAAUAUUAUAGACGUGAGGUGGUGCCAGGCCCACCAGCAGCAGCAUGGAAAAGAAAUGUAUUCCACUGAGUUCUGUCAGUGUUUAACCUAUUACCCAAAUGUUGUUUACGUGCUUUGUUUUAUAACCUUUCCUGAAUUUGGAUAAUUUGAGUCACUUGUUUGCCUUGUUACUGCUUUUUGUAGUUCAACAUGCAACCACACAUCUACCCAACUGGAAAAUCUGCCCUAGAUUAAAUAGCUCAGACCUGUCAAGCAGACCAGAUACUUGCAAGGGGUAAAUCUGCUUUUCUGCUCUUAGCUGAUGCUAUGCUCAUUUGCAUCAACUGGGGACCUGACCCUGUAAACCACUUUCUUAGCACUGAUCAUGAGCUAAAGACUGAGUGCAGUGAAAGUUACUGAUGCAGUGAACCGCCUUGUGCUGUUUGAGGGCAGCUCCUCAGCCUGCACAAGAGUGGACGUGGACUUUGAUCUUUUGAGGGCCCAGUUGCUAAGAGCAGGCAAGCAGCUGCAGAGCAGCACCAUCAGCCUCCAAGCUAGAAUGCUGCUGCACCAGCAAUAGUGAAGCAGGAGGACCAAAGCAGCACACCUAACACAGCUGGCUCACCCAUGCCUGAAUGCAAGGCAGCUCAGUCACUGCAGCAUAGGCAGACCCUCAGGAACCUCGUGGGUGGGCUGCUCCAGCAAAGAGUAAAAGCUAUACCUGGAAGGCUGCAUCUUUCCUCAAAGCCCAGCCACCUCCUGCCAUCACAUGUUUCUGAUGUUCAUCAAAACGCAGACUGAAGCACGGAGUAGCUCAUCUGCUCUGGGCUGGGCAUCCCUGUUAGAAGCCUCGAGCUCAUGCAGAUUCAGCAGUGGUCAUCCCCUGUCAUCCAUGGGGCCUAAACACAGGGUGAUGACUGAAAAGGAGGAAACACAGCCCUGAGAACAGGAUUUGGCGAAUCAGUUUGGGAGUGGGGAUCCUGAAGUAAUACUGUAAGCUGUCUCCCAGCCUUGCUGGUGCAGUGGCAGCUUGAGGACACUGCUCUGAGCCUGGAUUUCUCCUGGGCACUGCGUCUGUAAAGGAGAUGGUUCAUACCGCCUGGGGUCAUGCCAGUGUCAGGGUUCAUACACUGAUCAGGGAAUUGUUAGAGCCUGGUAUACAACUGCUGAGUGGAGCACUGUCUAAUAAAAAUGCUGAAACAAAA